AUGUCAAAGCCAUAUUAUUAUUUUAAAAAUGAAGUGAAGGGUACAUUGGAAGAUAAUACAGUUUUUACAUUAAUGGACCUUCUAGAGUCCCGGAUUUUUCAAAAUGACUGGACAACAAUCUUCUUUAUAAUUUUCCUAGGCAUUAUUUUUGAAAUAAUACUCAUAAAAAUUUGUGCGUUCUUUAAGAAGACGGUGCUUCCAGAAAUAGAUAGUUCAGUUUCCUGGGAGAGUGAAGAUAGUAGUUGCCUGAAAAGGAAGAAAUUUGCUCUAGGGAAUCAGUCCAUCAUUCCACCAUCUUCUGAAGAAGGAGUUGAUGUCUUUUCAGAAAGAAUUACUUCAACCCUUACAUCUGAAGAAAAUGAAGGUAACUUUGGAGACAAAAUUUUAUCAGAGGAGGAAAUAAUAUGGGCAGGUAUCAAUGAAAGUAAAUAUCAAGUAAGUCACUUUUGUGAAAGUCACAUGCCAUCUUCAGUUGGGACCAGCUCACCUUUGUCAUUCUUUUGUUCAGAAGUAAAGGAAAUUUUUCUUAGUGAUAGAGAGCAUCCAGAAAAUGAAUAUGAAGCAAUACAAUUUUCCUCAAAGAAAUUGUUUUCAGUAAUGAAAACCAACAAAAAUAAAAACGCAAGGUUUUCUUCUGAUUAUAGGCUUUCAAAAACUUGUAUAUUCACUGUAGAAAAUGAAGAUCUCAAUACGGCACCAUGCCCUCCUGCCCUUUUAUUUCUUUCUAGAGACCAAGUUAAACUUUUGGAAGAAAAUGUGAGAAAUCAAAUUCCUUUGAAACAGAGAGCAUUAGAAAUUAUAAGUAAUUAUCUGUAUUCCCGACCUCAAGAGUCAUUGAUUCAGGAUCAACAUUCUGUUGAGAUUGUUAUUUCUACCCAAGCACAAGAUUUUUUUCCAGAACAAAAUGCUAUGCAGAAUCAAGAGUUUUAUGAGACACAAUUUAUUAAUCAAGCCCAACAAUUUGUUCCCAACCAAGAAUCAGUCAACAGCCAGUCUGAUAUCAGGGCUAGCUAUUUUGCUCAGGCUCAAGAUUUGAUGAAGAAACCGUUUUACAGCAGCACACAAGACUUCUUCCAGGCCCAAGAUACAGAUAGGAGCCUAUAUUAUACCGAAGCUCCAUAUUGUGUUGAGGCACAAGAUUCAAUCAAGGGCCUAGAAUUUGAUGAAUACUUAGAUGACGCCCAAUAUUCUGUUUGGUUUGAAGAUUCCAACAAGAUUAAAAAUUCAAUCAACGUGCAAGAAAGUGUUUGUAAGAAUGCUGAAUUUCUAGUUUUAACUUUUAGUCCACAGUCAAUUGCUGAAGAUAUGUCACAACUACAGAUGGCAAAGCCAAAAGACCAGCAACAAGUUGCUUUAUUAGAAAUAAACCAGUAUUCUAUAUGUAGCCCAAUGCUCCUUCCACCUACUGUUGAAGGGCAGAAAAACAGAAGAAAAGCACCAAAUCGUAAAAGCAAACUCAGUCUUAAAGUUCCAUCUCUAAAAGCAAAGAAAACUCCUUUGCACGAAUCAAAACUCAUAAUAUGUCACACUUCAAAAAACAGGAAUGAGUUAGAAUGUGAGAGUAACACUGUCAAGAAAGAAUUACAGCAAAGAAAAGAUGUAUCAGAUGUAACUUCGCAUCUUAUUUCUAUCUCCAGGCUUAGUACUCCUCACAUUAACAAAUAUUGCCGAAAAAAACUAGUGACAGGCAUGCCAUGCUUACAAAAAUGUGGAUAUUUUCUGCAAGAACAAAAUAAGUCACCAGAUAAAAAGAAAAUCAAGUACGCAGAUUCUAUUAAGAGAGAAAACCCAGGUAUCAUUAAAAAUGUAAAACUGUAUGACAAAGAAAAUAUAGGACUAAAAAACAUUUCACCCAAAAUGUUACCUGAGCUAGAACAAUCUUUCACAGUUAACACUGAAGAAGUAAAGGCAUCUUGCACAUUAUUAGAAGCAAACCAGAAGAGUACAGAGUCUCCUAAAGACCUUAAGCAAACACUUGACCCACACAUUCCAAACCAUGAUAUGCCUUCAGAAGAAACAACAGGGGAACCUGUGCAGAAACUUGUUUCAUCUCCUAAGAUGAAAUCAAACGGAGGCAUGAAAGUACAGGAUGAUCUACCAAGUAAGGAGGAGUCCCAUCUACUACUUUCAAAUGGAGAGGAGUUUGCAGCUACUACACUAAAUAUGCAGAGGUGUUUUCCACAGGAAAAUACACAGCAACAAAAAGAUUUUCUGGAAGUUGUUCUAGAAAUGUCAGAUGUCAAUUUACUCAUUUCCCUUGGAACCAAAAGGUAUAUAAGUAGUGAAGACUCAGAAGGCAUAAAAAGUCCAGUGAGUACAAAAAGUGUCAAUCUGAAGCAAAAGAAACCAUUAAGACUUAAUAUUUCAGAAAAUGGUAACCUGAGUGAAAGUGAGGAAUUGGAGUGCAACACUGGCAGCUUUAUAAGAAAUAUGCAUCAAGAUGAAAGGACAUCUGAUGCAUUUGAUAAUGCCACUUACACUACCAUUCCUGAACCAACCAAUGUGGAAAUGCACGGCAGAUUAAAAGCCAAGACAGAUACAUCAACAAUAAUAAUAAAGGGAAGUCAUUCAGCAUCAAAGCAAGAAAAAUUGCCAGAUGCAAAGAGAACAAAGAAGGCAAAAUAUAUUCGAAGCUCUGCUUCUAAAAAGCCACAACAAUAUGAUAGUGAACAAGGGGAAGAAGAGGAACAAGCAGUAGUUCCUCAGGUGACCCCAGACUUCAGGUUCAGCCUACAGCUGAAGCAAAAGCCCAAAUAUGUCAAAUUUGAAAUGGAACAAAUCUGUUCAGGAAAUAGAAAAUCUCAAAAUAAAGAGCAAGAAAUACCAUCACAAACUCUUUCUAAUCAAACUAUUCUGGAGACGAAUCCAUGCCCCAUGAUGGAUUCAUUUCAAGUUGAGAAACUGAAGCAAAACACAGACAGAUCUGCAGGCAAAGAAAGUGCUAUGGAUCAUAUGAAUCUUAUCAUUCCAGAGAAUUUGCCAACUGGUGAAUAUUUAAUUGAAACAAUGGCAUGUUGGGUCCCCUUUGGUGGAAACCCCAGAAAGACAUUGCAUGGUCAUAUUACAGAGGAGAAGGAACACUUAAAAAGAGAUUUACCUGCAGUUGCUAUGAGGUCUUCUCAAAUCAGAAAAGUACUGUCAAGAACAAAAAAUAUACUCAGUGCCAGGCAUGCAAUUAUGAAAGUAAAGAAGUUAGCAAAUUCAUUAAUGCUUUGUACCAAGAGACAUGAUGCUCCAAGCCAUAGGAAAAAAAUGGGAGACGGUUUUAAAGUUAAGAAGAUGCUGCAAGACAAAAUUUUGGCAGACGCACUUCUGGAUGUCUACCCUCACUUGUCUAUUUUGCCUAAUGCUAGAAUGGAUAGCAGAUUAAAUGCACAGAAAAUCACUCAUAUCAGUCUCAUACAAGAGAGAUCCCAUGUUAAUAAGGAAAAUGAAUCUCAAAACACACUAAAAGCUAACUUGCAAGAUGAAGUGAAUGAGGUCAGAGACCAUCUACCAAAAGCAGUCCCUUAUGCACAUACAAUGGAGGAGAGUAAAGCAGAGAAAAAAAUGCAUCAACCAGUCCCAUUUACUGAAACCAUGAAGGAGUCUGUUGAGUCCCUUAGAAUGGCUCCACCUCACACUGAAAAUUUGAAGAGAAGCCUAGCAACACAGACUGACUUCCAGUGCACAGCAGGCUUGGAGAUAUCUCCUCCAAUAUCAGAAAAAUCACUAAGGGGAGACCCUUUUGAUCAAACAAAAGAAAAUAAUGUUCCAAGUAUUAGGAGUGAUACAAGGGAAAUGGAUCACCAUUUUGCAGGAGAAAAAGCAGAAUUACCAAAAGAUUUACAAGAAACUUCCCCAGAAACUUUUAGUUGCUGCAUGCCUGUGCGGUCUGACUCUAAAGGGAAGAAAAACAGAGUAAGAUUUGCAAACGUGACAAAUACAGUGAAAUUCAAAUGCAUGAAAAUGAAGCCACCAGUCUCACAAAUUUCCAGUAUCACAAGCCAUAGAGAGAAAUUGGACUUUAAAAACAAGGUUACAAAGAUAAACCCAAUUAAAGACUUGGUACCCGAAUGUCUAAACGCCCUCUACUCUCCCAUAUAUGAAACAUUGCCAGGAGAGUACUCUCAAGCUCAGAUGAAGCAAGGAGAACUGGCAAGUAAAAAGUAUAUUGAUGUCUUUGCUAAGAGUAGUGUAGUCCAUGAGAGAGAGGUUUUCCAAGAGGAGGAGGAACAAAAAGCUUCCCUAGAAGUAGCUCCACAGGAGAGCCAACACCUGUGGUCUGAUGCAUGUCAAAUAAAGAAAACCCACCUUGAUGAACCAAACCUAUCACUGAUAAGCUGCUUAACACAGGAGCUACCUAUUAUUGGGCAAGGUGUGCAGCACCAAGCAGUUUUCCCACAAACUACUUUGGAGGCUAGUCUCAAAAAGGAUCCCACAGAAGCUGAAUUAUGGAAACCCAACCAAAUGCAAAAUGACAUAGAAGUCCCUAUGGGUCCUAAGAUUCCACCUCUCCAAGUGGGAAACUCAUCAUGUGAUGAAUUUAACACAGUGAUAAACUGUGGCUUGCCAUCUGGUGGAAACCCUAACAGGGAACUAGAUUCAUAUUUUAUGCAAAAAAAUUCAGAGGUGCCAAUGGAUGUGCAAGUGACAGUCCUGCAAUCUUCUGAUUCUGUUAUAUCACCCUGUGUUUCUAAAUUUAAAAGGCAGAAAAAGACAUUAAGAUUAGCAAGGAGGCAAAGACCAGAGAGUCGCAGACUUAGAACUAUGAGGGAAAUAAAGCCAUCAAUCUUAAAUACGCUUAAUGGCAGAUAUAGCAAGGAACUGCAGAGCAAUAUUAAAAUGAAGAUGAAAGGCCCACAGCAAAGAGAAAAUGCAGCAGAUACAUUUUGGGACAUCAUUCUCUCCAAGGUGACCAUUUUGCCCAACAUCAAAAUGAGGAGGAGUUUAACUGUGGGGAGAAUAAAUGUGCGAAGAAUAGCAAGAUUUGGUUAUAUGCAGUUAAUGCAAGAGAAAUCACUAAGUGGAAGAAAAGUAUAUUGCCUAGAUGCUACUUAUAUGAGUAGUUUCUCUAACAGAUUGAAAUGUGGAAAGGAGAGGGAAGGGGAACCUAAAGCUUUACAGCUUCCAGAGAGUAGUCAUGGCUUCAUAUUCAGCACACAUCAGAAGAGAGAUCAUGGCCUUGUUGAAUUUGGUGAGAAAUUGUAUCAACCAGGAAGUACAAAUACACAGGUACAACCACAGACACAUCCUGCAUCAACUAUCUGGCGUUCUAUUUCAUGCCCCAUGCUAGAUCAAUUUCAUUCUGAAAAGCUGGAGACUUGGGUUAGGUUUUCACCUCCAAAAUCUAGGGAUGCAAAGGUUGUUUCUGCAAAAAAAGGUGGAGCCCCAUCUGAUGUAAGCUGUCACAAGGAACAGGCUGAUAGUAAUGAAAAUAAAGGAACAGUGGCCGUUCUUUUCUACACACCAGCUUUAUCUACAUCUGAAAGGAAGAGAAACUUCAAACAAUUUUCAGACAUGAAAACUAAAGUGAAUCUCAAAUAUGGAACUAGGAAGGCAAAGAAAUUACCAGUUUCAAACAUGCUCAAUAUCAAGGGUUGUACUAGUCCAAACUGUAGGAAAAAAUCAGUAGGGAACUUAACUAAAAUGAAAGACAUGUAUCAAAAUAAAGAAGUAGCAGAUAAAAUGUACUCUUCAGCAACUAUUACAUCUGAUAUUAAUAUGUACAACAAAAUAGAAAGAAGAAGACGCACAAGAGAAAAACAACUCAGUUCUACAAAAGUAAAGCAAAGGAAUGUUAAUUCAGAUGACAUCAAAGAAACCAAGCUUCAAGAUCAAGAGAAAGAAAAACGUAAACAGGAAGCAUUAUUAAAAGUAAUUCCACAAUACAGUCAACAUUUUGUAUUCUAUUCAGGCCAGAGGAAGGAUCAUGACCAUUGUAAGUCAAAAAACCAAGGAAGCAGGAAAAUUCUGAUUGUUACAGAACAAGAUGUCCCACAGCAGAUUCAAUCCACAGAUCCAGGGCAAGGACAGAACUUGAAGAAAGACCUCCAGACUCAAAAUGGCAUGAUAUAUACAAGUUUAAAGAUUCCUUUUCUAAACUCAGAGGAAUCAUCAGUUGGUGAAGAUAUAAUUAGCACAGAAAAAUAUGGCAUCCCAAUUGACGGGAAGCAUGUGAGGGAACCACACAGCCAAGGUAAAGAGGAAAAAGCAGGGUUUAAAGAUGAUCUACAGGCAGCAGCUGUACUGGAAUCUUCCAGACUCUCCACAAUUGAUCUACCUGAAUCCAAAAGGCAGAGAAAGACAUUUACAUCUAGAGUCAUAAAAAGAAAAAUGAGUCCCACACGGAUAAUUAUGAAGGCAAAAAAAAUACCAGUUUCGAAGAUAUUUAAUAUUCCACAGAGUGGUUGUCGAAAAAAUUUUUUAUCUCCCAAGACCCUAAUGACACAGAUUGUUGAAUUUUUAUCAUGCUGUAGCAGCAUCAUAUCUUCUGGGUUUCAUAUGGUCAUACUGGAAGAUCCAAUAGUAGAGAAAAAGAAAAUAUCAGCACAGGAAAUGCCAGCAAUGAUUUUGGAGUGUUUGGAUUCCUCCACACUUGCUUUACCUGUAUCUAAAAGAGAGAGAAACAACUUAAUGCUAAUGAAAAGGAGACAUAAGAUGAGACCAAAAUGCAUCACUUUGAAGGCAAAGAAGACACCAUUCUCCCAGACAUUUAAUAUCACAGGACGUCACACACCAUGCCAAAGAAGGCAAUUCAACCCUGAAACAACAACUAAACAAGGUAAACCUGUGGCAGAUAUAUUCCUAAAUGCCAUUGGCUUCCUCAUGCCUGUGCUGCUUGACACAAAAGUAUGUGACAGAGUGGAAGAGACCAAGAGGCUGGGGAAUACACAGAGUAGCAAUGGGUUACAACAGCAAGAGCAGUCAGCACACAACAAGACAAACCCACAUGCACAUCCGGGUGACGAGGACACGAGCCCUAAUGGCACUAAAGAUAUAAUAGAUCAAGGUGGAGAGACAGCCCUGCGGGUGUCCCAACACUUCAGCUUCAGUGCUCAUGGAAUAAAGGCAACUAACUUUCAAUCAGAUCUAGAACUGAAGACUUCAGCAAGCAACAAAAUCCCAGACGUCUUUUCUACACCUCUAGAGCUGCAGCAUCAAAUAGUUGCCGAACAAAGUAGAUUAAAUUCUAUUGCAAAUACAUUUUCAUUUGAGAAGCUACCAAAAAGAACAAAAUCACAAAAAGACUUAAAAGAUAUAUGGAGUGGAAAGAUUUCAUCUCCAAUGGCAGAAAAAUCAGUUAGUGAACUUUUAAUUGAUACAACAAAUGGUCAUAUCCCAUUUGAAAGAGGCACUGGGAAGGAAUUUGCUAGUCUUACUGCAGAGGGAAAGAAACUGGGUAGUCAUAUAGCUAAGAAAGAUGAUGAGGUGCAAAGAGAUUUCCUAACAUUGGGAAUGGUGUCUUCUUUAUCUGAUGCCAGAAGGCAGAGAGAUGUAUUGAAAUUUCCAGAAAGUCAAGCUCUCAUGAGUCCCAAACGUGUAGCUAUGAAGGCAAAGAAGCCUGUUUGUUCACAAAUGAUGAAUGUCAUCAAGCAUGGCAAUCUGUACCAUAGGGGGAAAGAGGAAUGCAAUGUAAAAUCUUUGCUAAAAGACAACCAACAAAAUGAAAGUAGAGCUCACACAUUUUUGUUUCCUUUACCUGUCUCAACUAGUACCAAAGUAGACAGUGAAGUACAUAGGUCUUCAAAAACUGAGAUGGAUGAACCAAGAGUAAAAGUAUACCAUCAAACCCAUCCAGAGGUAGAGAAGUUGCCACAUGAAGACACACAAAAAAACAGUUUGACUGGUUUGCAAAACAGACCUAGUGAUGCAGUGAAAAUGAAUGUGCUACACGCAGAGACACAGGAGGAUAUCUCAGACGUGCCAUCGGGGUCUGGUCCACACUGCAGCCAGCACUUGAGCUUCAGUGUAUAUCAAACGGAAGCCCUUGAUUCUCACAAAUCAGAGUCUGAUCUGAAGAGGUCAGAAGGCAGAAGGACUCAGAAUUUGUCCUAUAUAGCACAGGAAGCACACCUUCAAGAAGAAGAUGUGUUUAAGAGAAGCCACCAGUUUCAAGAAACUAUUUUGGAGCCUAUUUCUGGACACAUGAUAAAUUUUCAAGUUGAAACAAUGCAAAGAAGUCCUCAUAUGCAGGAAGAAGUAAAAAUUAUGGCAGGUCUAAAGACAUCAUCUCCAAAUGCAGAGGAAUUAGAGAUCAUUUCAACAGUGUCUGAUUUGCCCUGGGAUGGAAAUGCUAGACAGAAAUAUGAUUAUCCAGUUUCUGGGGAAAAGGCAUACAAUCACAAAGACUUAUUAAGAACAUCUUUAAAACCUUUAGAUUUCUCCAGCUUUGUAUCUUAUGAAUCUAAAAGUGAGACCUACACAUUAGAUUUUGUAAGCAAAAAAAGUAUACUGAGUCCUAAGCAUAUAACUUUGAAGGCAAAACAACCACCAAUUUCAAAACUGCUUAAUAUCUCAAGGUAUCCCAUGGGAGGCCAUAGAAAGAAAAAGUACAACAUAAAGCACAAGCUGAGAGAGGUGCAGUGGUAUGCUAGUGUCAGAGAAGUAUUACUUGAGGCCUCUGAAGAUGCUAAGAGUCUUCCCCUCAAAUUAAUGAUUGAUAAGCUCUCAUUGGAUACAACUGUGAGGGGCAUCCAGUCCAACAGAACAUUUCAAAAAACUGUGGUAGGUCAUAUUCCAGAGGAAAAGGCAGAGUUAGAAGAAAAUGUAACCAAAACUUUGUUGGGGCCUUCUGAUUUUUUCAUGCCUGGUUUCUUUGACUCUAAAAGCCAGGCAAGCACAGUACAAUUGUCAGAAAAUGAAACUAUAUUGAAUCCCAGGUGUUUGGCUACAGAGGAAGAGAAGCCACCAGUUUCACAGAUACUUAAAAGCAUUAGACACUUUGGCACAAAACAUAGCAAGAAAUUUAAAUCUAGUUUAAGAACCAGCAUGAAAACAAUGUGGCAAGGUAGAAGCAUGACUGGCACAUUUCCAAAUACCCGUUGCUUUGCACCAAAUACCUCUGACAUUAGAAAGCAAUGUAAGUUAGAAAUGGAGGCAGACGUGACAGUACCAAGGUUUAGUCACACACAGCUAACACAGCAGUCGCCAGCCGGAGGCCUGUCACAUUCCAAUUCCAUUGACCAGAGCAGUACCUCCAGCUUUUUAAGGGAAACAGAAUUACAUGAUGGAGAAUGUGGGAAAAAGAAAAGAGAACCUCCAAUAAAAACUGACUUAUUCUACAUAAAAAGCUUAACAAUAAAUGCACAUCCCAUAAAAGUACCCGAUCCUGGCAAAUCAGAAGUCAUUCUUCUAGGAAAAUCAUUUUUCCCCAAAAAACAGGUGUAUGAAGGGGAUCCAGGAAAAAAUGUCAAAGUAGAAAACAUAGAAAAUGUGCAAGCAAGUUUCGGAGUUGGACACUCCAAGAUGGAGAAACCACAUAUUUUUGCAGAUUUAGGUGAACCAAAAGAUGAUGCUAUAUUUAGUCAAUAUGAUCAAAAGAGAAUUGACCAAUCUGUUUUAAAAGAAAAAGCUCCAUACCAUUUGGCUGGAACCAUAGAUUCUGUUGGCAGGCAUUUAACUGUGUCAGAAGGAAUUGAAAGACAGACUGACAAUCUAAACAUAGUUAUCACAAGUCCAAAAGGCAUAAUAUCAAAGGUAAAGCGAUUGGCAGUUUCACAACCACUUAAUCAUGCAGGUCAUGCUGCUCUAAGCAUUACUGAGAAACCGAAGUGGAAUUUUGAAACCCAAAAGAUAAAAGUAGAGAGACAAAAGGCUGUACCAAGUACUGAAGUAAAAUCUGUAUAUGCCUCUAUGCCAAUGCUACACGGUGCUACAUAUGCCAGGGAUACACGUGAAAAAUCUUCGAGGGGAAAUGCUCCUAAUAAAGCAGAAGUUAGGAAGAAAGAGGAGUAUGGACAACAGAUUUUGUCUAGAUCAGCUCCACAGGAUAUCCAGCCAGUUGAGUUUGGAGCAGAUCAAUUGAGAGAGCCUGAUCCUUUCAGCUCACAAGCACCUUCAAUCAAUAGAGUGUGCCCCAAGAUGAUCACUUCUCAGAAAACAGAAAUUUAUUUAAUAGAUCAAGAAGCAGAGAGAAAACCUGUGGAGUUGCUUAGUCCAGAGUUGGUUUCUUUCUCUAAUGUAAAUCCUCUUCAAAUUGGAAACCAGAAGAAAAAAUCCAAGACUGCAAAUGGUGAAACGGUAACAAAUCUCAAGACAUUUGCCCUGCAAGAGAAACAGCAAGAGCCCAAAGAAAAAUUUAGGGAAAAAGAGGAAUAUGAACAACAGAUUUUGUCUAGAGCAGCUCCGCAGGAUAUCCAGCCAGUCGAAUUUGGAGCAGAUCAAUUGAGAGAGCGUGAUCCUUUCAGCUCAGAAGCACGUUCAUUCGAUACAGUGUGCCCCAAGAAGAUCACUCCUCAAAAAAUAGAAAUUUAUUUAAUAGAUCAAGAAGAAGAGAUAAAACCUGUGGAGUUGCUUAGUCCAGAGUCGGUUUCUUUCUCUAAUAUAAAUCCUCUUCAAAUUGAAAUCCAGAAGAAAGAAUUCCAGACUGCAAACAGUGAAACAAUUACAAAUCCUGAAACCUUUGCCCUGCAAGAGAGACAGCAAGAGCCUGUUAUCUCAGGAAAUAUCUCAAGUUCUCCUUAUGCCUUCAUACCCAUGUAUCCUAAAAUUGUAAGACACAAUUGUACGGUGGAAACAGCAUAUGUGAAAAAUGCUAGACAUACCAAACAGGUACAACUGAAGGCAAAGAAAACACGAGUUUCCUGGAUGCUUGGAUGUGGUUCAAGAAACAAUAAGGAGGAGCAGGGAGGAAACAUUCAGCAGGAGAAAGCAUUUCAGUUGAGUAAAGCUGCAACAAACCCAGUUCUGAAAGCUGAUUUUGACUCUCGAUCCCCUGUGUCUUCCAAUAAAAAGCCUAUAGAAAUAAAAAUGAAGAAAGACAAGUUGAAGAAGGGGGUAAACACUUUUUUACAGCUAAUGCCAGAGAAACCACUAAACGACAGGCAGAUAUCAUUGUCAGAAUGUGUUGACAUGGCCGGCAUAAUUGAAAAACCAGAAGAGAAUAUUAGAAAAGAACAAACCCACCAAUGCACUUUAGUAGACAUGCCCCAGCAAUACCUACAACAAUUACCGAUUAGGUCAGAACAAAUGAAAAGGCAUCCUCAUGUCAAAUUAGAAUAUUUGGAAAGAAAGGUGUGUCUUGAGCCCAUUUCACAGAAAGAUGAAACUGAUUACAUUGGACUUGACCAUGACAAAUUAAAAGUGGAUUUGGAAAAAGAAAUACACCCUGUUAUAUUUUCACAGAAGAGAGAAAUUAGUGGUGGUAGGCUCAGAAAACCAAGAACAGAUACAGAACUUGAUUUCUUCACUGCACAAGGAGAGAAACAAAGAAUUGCAGAUGUUGCUGAACAUUCAGUUUCAGUUCCACCCAGGAAAGAAAGAGCAAAGAAAACAGAUAUUUCAUUAAGUUCAGAAGGACAGAAUAUAUUUACUUAUAAAAAGCCAGAAUCACGGAAACAAGAAAGUACUUUCCUGGUAGACAUGGAAUCUGUUUCCUAUCCCAUUAGAGAACCUCUUCAUUUAGAAAACACAGGACAGGUAGCUAAGGAAGAUAUGCAUGUUAACAGAAAAAAUAUUUCACAUCUAUUGGGAAGAAAAGAAUUAAAGGAAACAGAUAUCUUAAUAGAUUCCAAAGGACAGAAAUUUCUUUAUUCAAAGCUAAAGGAUCCAUUCAAAAUUUGUACAGAGCAGAGAAGACAUGUGAAACCAAGUCAUACACCUGAAAGUAUGGAUUCUGCAUCUUGCCCCAGUAAGGACCCUCUUCGUUUAAAACAGGCAGUAAAUACAAGGAAAGAAAAUGGUAGGCUCUCUCGAAGUUUCAGUGUAAAUCAACAGGGAAAAGAACAAACAGAAUUAACUGAUAAUCUAUUAAAAUUAAAUAGACAGAAAGUGGACUUUUCAAAAAAAUUGAGGGCAAGGCAACUGACUACUUAUAACCAGCACAAAGACAAGAUUUUAGAAUCUAUUUUCUCUCACACAUUACAUCAUCUUCAUAUUGAAAAUGCAAAGAAACAAACCUCAGCAAAAGCAAUACUAAAGCCAGAAGUCUUGAAAAAAGCAUCAGAUGAAGUGAGUGUUCUGGAAGAUCAACCUCCAUGUACAGAAGGAAUUAAUCUGCCUAUUACAGGAACAGAAGAACAUCUACAAGAGAGUAUAUGCACGGUUUUUCCAACAUCUGUUACUCAUCCUCUGAUGGGUACAUAUCAGUUUAAUUUGCAGGUAAAGAGAACAUUAAAUGCAAGAGAUAAUCCAUGCUAUCACACUUUGACUACAGAAAGAAAACAGCAAAAGAAAAAAAGUUUGUAUAAGUCUCUUCCACAGUCCACAUCUGAAAAUGAUAGUCCAAUGCUAGAUGCUGUAAAUAUCAUGCAUUGUGACUCUUCAGCUUCACAGAUGAGGAAAACAUUAAAGCAAAUGGAUGUUACAAAUGAAUAUACUCAAAAAAGGAAAGAAGCACCAAAACAGCAGGACCUAUCAAUUUCCUAUGAGAACUUGAAGGAGCGAAUGUUUUACCCUCAAAAGUAUCCCUGUCUCUGGCCACAUUCAAUUCCUCUAACAAGAGAGGUAUUAGCAGAAGUGGGUAGUGCAUUAAGCAGGGUAGAAGGACAAAAUCUGUUUUCUACAGAUCAACCAAGCACUGCAUAUAAGUGUGGACUAGAACAGAGUAUGUCUCCAGUUACUCCAAGGGACAUGAGAAAACAAGACAAAAUGCCUGUAGAACAAAGCACAGAAGCUAAGAAACACAUGACUGGUUUAUUUUCAGAAAAAAAGCAAUCAUCAUAUGGGGCACCAGUAACAGAGACAAUAUCAAAUGGAAGUUCAUCCAAACUAAGAGUUGGAAUGAAGGUAAAAUCACAUAGGGGAAUUCCAGGAAAGGUGCAUCUACCUAGAAUACUAUUACAUUCUCUGUCUAUAUGUAUGUCUGUUUUGCGUGAAAGUCAAAGACAGAAGGAUAGCCUAAAACAAGGUGUUAUGAAAGACAUAAUAUGCCCCAAAAGAAAAGCUCUAGAGUUGAAGAAUCUCUCCAGUGUCACUCACUCUGAUACCCCAAGCAACAGAGUAGAAGGGCAGUGGAAUGUAAAAGAGAAAACAGUAAGUACAAGACCCAGAAAGGGUGAUCCAGAUUUGGAUGUGAAAAAAACAUAUCAGCCCAUGCUUUCUUUACCUCACUUCAAAUUGGAUAAAGAAAAAAUCGAUGGGACUACUUCAAAUGUAAAAAGAAGGAAACAACAUAUAUCACAGGAAGAGAAGGAUAGAGUGAAAGCUCUGGAAAUGGAAGAAAAAAUGAACCCAUACUUCACAAUGAAGUCAGAGAAAUCACUGUCACAUAUGCUCAACAGAAAGGACUUGUCACUGUUGAAAAUUAUAAAACCAGAAAGCAGGGUACAAGAAGAUAAAGGUAAAUUGGAUGUGGAUCUAAGACUCUCCUAUGCUUCUUUACCAACUCUGUCACAUUCUAAUUUGAAUCCUAGGAUAAAAGUAAGAAAAGAUAAAUCAAGAAUACCAAAGGGCUGCCUUCCACCACUAAAGCCCCAGGCAUCGUUAAAUAUCAGAAGAAUAUCAUAUUUAGAGUCAAUGACUCAAUAUCGCUUCAAUAACAUAAUGGAAUCAAAAUGUUUGCUACAGAAGAAAAGGAGAGGUAGAGGAAAUAUAGUAGAUCUGAAAGAUAUAAUUGGCCUCAUAUAUAUCAUUCUGAAGGGAAAGAAUUCACCUUUUAAACACUUAGUGAAUAGGAAGGAAUUACAGUGGUCCAACAAAAAAACAAAGAAAAUUAUGCAGGAGGAUAAACAAAAUCAAGACAUAAUUCAGAAUGAACUCUGGGAUUCCAUUCCUCCACCUCACCCAGAAUGGGAUCCUACAAUAAAAGAUCUAUACAUGCAAGGAAUCGUAAGGUUCUGUCUUCCAUUAUUGACACUCCAGGAAUUGUCAGAUGGAACGGAACUAUAUAAGGAGCCAAUUGAUGAUGUCUUAAGCAGUAUAAAAGGAGCAAAAUACAUGCAAAAUAUAUAUCCUACCCCCAACAGUGUAAAAAAUGCUGUAGUAGUUACAAUGCAGAAAGAAGAGGAAAGUGUAAAAAUGGAAAAAGUAAUGCUUUUGAAAGAAAGAAAAUCAUUGGCAAUUUCACAGGAAAUUCAGUUAGACAUCAAAGAGCAAGAUAAAAAUCUGCCAAAAGUUAAAGAUGAAUCAAAUGAGAUUUUGACCAGUACUGAUACAUACAUACCACCACCUCAUUUAAAAUUGGAUAUGAGGAGAAGAAAAACAAACCAUGGAACUGAGGUGAGAAGAUACUUUCUUCCAGAACUAUCCUACCAGAAAUCAUCAGAUGCAGUGAGAAAACCAAGCAAAGAGUCCAUUGAGGGUGAUAUCACAAGUGGUACACAAAAAUUAAAAGAAUUUAUGCCACAGACAGAAAAGGAUGAUGUAAAGAAAUUAGCUGAGAAAGGCACAAUGUAUCCAAAAGCCAAAGGUUUGGAAGGAAAUGGAGCACUUUCACAAGACCUACCACCAAAUUCUAAAGAGCAAGGGAAAACAGAUCCAGAAGGCAAAAGACAAGGGAAAGUCCACAAAGGUCGUCAAGAACAGGGGAAAGCAGUUGCAGCAGGUAAAGCCCAGGACAAAUGGGAUCAAGAAGGCAAAGGUCAAGGGGAAGUGAAUCAAAACAAUAGAAAGCAAGGAAAAAUAGACCAAGAAAGUGGAAGUGAGCAGGAAAUGGUUCCCCAUGUACAUAUGCCUUCCGAACCUCCUCUGAUUUAUCAUAAGGCAGGAAAAGAAGAUACGCACAAAAUAACAAGAUCUGCUAUUUCACCAUUACAGGACCAAAAAUUAUCUGACAGCAGGCAGAUGAUGCAUACAAAAUCAACUGGGGAGGAGAAAUCACAUGAUGUAAAACCCAUACAAAAAUACAAGGCCCAGAAAGAGAUGGAGAGAAAAAACACAGUAAAUAUGAAACAUAGAGUACACCCUGAGGAUGUGACUUUCAAGGCAGAUCAAUUAUCACUUCCACAUGAACCCAGUAUCACUGGCCAUGGUGACCCAAAAACUGGAAGACAGACAAACGUAAAUGAAAAAUUGGGACGUGUACAGGAAAGAAAACAUGAACUAGAUGAGGUACUUCCUUUACCUCACUGUAAAUCAAACAAAGGGAUAGAAGUCACAGAACAAAAACAAAAAGUAUCAAGGUCCUUUCUUCCCCCUUCAUACCACAUGGAAUCUACAGUUGUAGGGAAAUUGAAUUAUAAAGUGUCACCUUUGAAAGACAUCUCCAGUGAUUCAAGAAGAACAAAAUGCAUGACACAUGGAGAAGAGGAUAAAGAAAAUGUUUUAAAGAAAAGCAUAAUGUAUCCCAAGGACACAUCUGGGAAGGCAAAGGAAUCACUCCUUGAUGAUAUAUUGAAAAUAAAGAAACUGCAGGUGAACAUCACACAGCAAAACAAACAGAGACGGGAAGGAAAUGAGGAUACAGAUGUUCUUCUCAACCAAACUUACUCUUUUAUCACUUCUUUACCUCUCUUUGAAUUAGACACAAUAAAAGAAGAAGAUGAACCAGGAAAAAUAAAAAGUUAUGUACCACAUCCUGUGCUGCAUGUAUCAUUUCCUUCAGGACAAAUAAGACUUACAGAGUCCAUUUCUAGCUGUGCAAAGAAAGAAAGCCAUGCAAAGCCAAGAAAACAGUGUUUAUCACAGGAGGAAGGCAGAAUACAACCCUCAGCCACAAGGGGCUUGAUAGGCCCCAGUGGCACAGCUCUCCAGGCAAAGACCUCAGCAUCUUCUCAUGUGGUCAAUAUCUGUGAGCACAGUGCUCUGCGCAACACUCAGGAAGCGCAGGGGGGCAUUAUAGGAAAAGUAGGACUGAAACAAGAAAAAACAAGAGAUCCUAAUGUGGUUCAGGCAGAAAUAUGUCCUUCCAUACCAUCUCCAUCUCACCACAGAGUUGCUCCUUCACAAGCAAAGCUUCCUCAAUUAUUAGAUAUAGGGAGAAUUGGACAUGCUGGUUUACGUGAAGGUGUUAGCUCACGUAAUGUAACAUUAGGAGCAAAGGGGCGUGUGCCAUGCAGAGAGGUAAGGGACAAAGUGAAAAUAAAAGGCACAGAAAGUAGUAUAAUAAGUGUGAGAACAGAGGCAUCCCCGCAUCCACAUCUAUACGAUAGAAGGAAACUACCUUUGAAUAUUAAAAAAGAAAGGAAAGGAGAGCAAGAAGGCAAAAGGGAACCAGGAGUGGUUCUGAGGAAAAGCUCUUUACCUUUUCCAUCUUACCUGGAGCAGGACACUAGAAUGAAAAAACAGGAAAGAACCCUUGGAAGAACACAGUUCUCUUUUCCACCAUUAACGACUCAAGAUGCAUCAGAUUCAGAUAAAAAAUCAUGUACCGAGUCAUUAGAUAGUUACAUGUUGAGCAGCAUUAAAGAAUCAGUACAGUCCAUAGCACAGCAAGAAGAAAAAGAUAGAUUCAAAAUAGACAUAAAAGACAUCAAGCUCCCCAAAUAUGUGAUGGUACAGAAAUCAUCACUUUCAUAUUCACUCAAUAAUAAAGCACUGCCAUGGAAAACCAAGGAACAAAAGGAAAAAAUGCAGGAAUAUAAAACUAAACUACUGGUGGGUCUGGCAAACAGAAUUAUAAAAUCAUUUCUCUCACUUAGGCAGUUCAAGGAAUCAAGUACAGGGAGACUAGCAUAUCCAGAAACAAUUGAUGGAAAACUUUCAAAUGAGGUAGAAGAAUUAAAAGAACAUAUGCUACAGAAAGAAAACGAAGGAGAAAAAGUUGUGGGUAUGAAUGUCAUAGUGGAUCCCAAGGACACUUGUUUGAAGACAAAGAAAUCAUGUAUUUUACAUACACAAUUAGGUAACCUUCAAGGGAAAUCUAGAAAGCAAGAGGAAAAGGUUCUAGACGUUAAAAGUGAGGCAGAUAUAGUGCCCAAUGAGACUUCUGCUGAAUCUCCACUUCUGCCUGAUGUGAAUACUGGGAUCAAGGAAGAAAGCACACCAGCGUGGGCAAGAUCCUUUUUUUCCAUAGUAAACUUCCAGGAAUCAUUGAAUUCUGAAGGAGGCAUAUGUAUAAAGCCAAUUACUGGUGAUAUUUUAAUUUGUCUACCAAAAGGAAAACAUCAUGUCCAACAGAAUGAGGAAGAGGAUGGAGUACAAAUAAUAAAGUUCAUGUUCCCCAAAUGUCAAGAAAGGAAGGUGCAGGAACGUCCAGAGGAACCUUCAGCUUCAUUGCCAACUCUGCCUCAGCGCAAGUUGGAUACCAAAGUAGAAAUAGAUGAUGAACUGCUAAGACUUCCAAGGUCUGCUUUGCCAAAAAUAUCAAGUGCAGGGAAAACAGUACCUACAGGGUCAGUUGGUAAUGAUACCAUGAAAGAUGUUAAAGGUGAAAAACAACAUAUGCUUCAGAAAGAAAUGAUAGAUAGAGGGAAAACAGUAGGUAAGGGAAGCAUAGAUACAUCUUUGAAGUCAAAGAAAUCACCUUCUUCCCAUAAACUCCAUAGAUCAGAACUGCAUAUGAUUGUCAGAGGACACAAAGGAAAAGAACAUGAAGGUCCAGGUGAACCACAAGGUAUAGUCCCGAGAAAAAUUUAUGCUUUCAAACCUUCUCCACCCAACCCUAAACUGGAUAAAGAUACACAAGUAAAUGAAGAAGAACUUGGAAAUAAAACAUUUCUGUUGCCACUAAUGUGUUCAGCACUAUCAGAUGCAGAGAAAAUAGCACAUACAAAGGCAUUAGGUGGUGAUGUAAGGCAAAGAGACCCACAGAUGUCAUGGAAAGAAAAAAGGUAUGAACUGAAAACAGUAGAUAUGAGGAUCGGGGUGCAUUGCAAAGAGGCAAGGAUUUCACCCAUUUCACAUAUCCUUAAUAUGAAGGAGUUUGUACUGAAUAUGAAGGUGCUGGAGAAAAAAGUGCAUGAAGGAAAAGAUGAAUCACGUGUGGUUUUGACAAGGACUUUUCUUUCCAUACCAUCAGCACCUCUCCUUUCUCCGGAUUCAGGGAAAAAAGUAGAGGAAGUCUCAGCAAGAACGUCAGGACCCUCUCAUUCACAACAGAAUCUCCAGGAUUUAUUAGAUGCCCAGAAAAGAGCGUUCAGAGAAUCAGUUGAAGAUGAUAGUAAAAACACCAUGAAGCAAAGGAAACAGGGUGUGCCCCAGAAAAAGGCGGAGCAACAGGGGGCCUCAGACUUCAUGAUUGGAGCCCAGCAAAGGAAUGACGCACCACAGGUUAAAUCAGAAAGAGAUUUAAUUUCAAAAGAUGAGAACGUUAAUUUCACAAGAUUUGGUACAACACAAAAUGAGAGAAGAGUGGAAUUGCACUUUACAGGACAAAAGGCUCAACCAGAAAGAUGCAGAGAACCUGAUGGUAUGUUUUAUUCCUACCACACAAUGGAUGCAAUUAAAAUUGGAAAUCUGAAGAAGAAAACUGAAAUAACAUGUAACAUAAAUCAGAAAGUAAGUCCUAGGGUUUCAGCUUCCCUGCCAAGGGAAACAUCCAAGGAAAUAUAUAUCAAAUUUGGCACCCACAUAGGUUCAAAAGGAAUUUCUUUUCCAGAGAGAGAUGCCCACCAACAGGAAAUUUCAUCAGAAGUGUCUCUAGAAUAUGUGGAUUCAUGUGAAUUUGAUAUGCCAGAGAAAGAUGUACAAAGUAAUAAUAAAAUAAGCAAAAUGUUUUCUCCCAAAGUGUUAGCACCACAGACAAAGCAAUCACUUGAAAAAAUAAAUCGCACCAAGUUAGGUACAUCUCAAAAUAAAGAACAAGGCGUUAUCAUGGAAAAGCAAGCAGUGCCGUUGUCUGAGAGUACACAGGAGACCAGGCCAAAUUCUGUGUUUUCUCUUCAGUCUCCACUUCAGGAUGGAAAGCACAAGACACCGUUGGAAAUAGAUGUAGACAAAAAAACUACAGCAGACUCCAGCCUACAAAUAUUACCAGGAAUACACGUGGAUAUUACAGAGUGUGAUGACAUGACAGGAAAAGAAAGUCAGGCAUUACUGGUUUCAGAACAAGAGGAAUGUAUUAUAGAGUCCUUUAACCCACUCUGUACUUUUCAAUUUCAAUCUGAACUUCUGGUGGAAGAAGGUGAAGUUAACACAGUACAUUUGGAACAGAAGUUAGAGAUGGCCAGUGACAUUACUGUGAAUCAGGAAGAAGGGAAAUUGAAAGUACACACACAGAGAGCUAUACAGCUGAAAGAGAACAAAAUGGAAAUGCACAAGAAUAAUUCUGUCAGUCUGGAGAAGGAGGACACAGGAUCAGCCUCAAACCGUCCUGCAAGCCUUCAUGAUUUAUCUCCAAGAACAGAGGAGUCUCAGAGCCAGACUCCGGUAAUCACACCUAAGGAAAACAUCUGCCCCAUCAAGCAAAAGCACAAAGAGGAACUAGGGUUGUCUAAGGUAAAAGAAAACAUUCAAGUACAAAAACCACUUCAAAGAAACACUCUGGGUUCACUUUAUGCCUAUAUUCCUCUUUCCUUCAAAGGCCAGAAAGGCAAGUUGACAAUUGCAGAUCUGGAAAGAAAACUAAACCACAGACACUUAACUAUGAAAGUCCCAAAUCACCCAGUUUUACAGAUUCUUGGUUCCAUAAGACGUAGUUCUCCAAGCAAUAGGAUGAAAUUGCAAUAUGAGUUUAACAAACCAAAUAGAGAAGUUUCUUGUGAUAAAGAUGCCCCAGGAAUAUUUAUCAGACGUCUUCGUAUUUCCAUGAAGAGUCCGCCACAAAGUGAAGAAACUGUAAAAUCUAAGACAAACCGACAACGGGAAAAGAGAGUUUGUCUUUCUAAAUUCUGGGGGCAAUCACCAAAUGCUGGUGAAAUUGUCAAGAGAGACACCUCAACAGUUGUAAAAAGGGAACGAAAUUUUAAAGACACAGUUCCCCAGAAGUCUCAACCCUUUGCAGUGCACAAACAACAAAUGCAGAAGCAUUCUCAUGGUAAGUCAGAAGCAAGCCUCAAGAGUAAAACAAGUAGGAAAAGAGAAGUCAGUAAAAAAACAGGUCAGAAAACUCCACAAACUGAGAAAAGGAUUAUUCCAAGUCAUGAUGCCCCAAGGAGCAUAAAAAAACCUGAUUCACAUAUGAUUGAGCAAGAAGAAAAGAUACCAGAAUGCAUUCUGACACCCACAGAGCAUCCAUCCAUGUUUAAAGGUCCAAAGGUUCCUAAGCACAGAGAUCAGGGUGAACCAGCAUGGGACACCACCUCCCAAGAGGUCCAGCAGCAAGUAGCUGUUCCAGGAACUGUGCCCACAUCACUGCAAGUUACAAGUGACGAGACCAAAACACCUUCAAGUGCUACAAGUGCAGAAAGUUUAUUUUUCAUUUAUGAAGCAAUUAAAGCUGCCCUUGACUUCCAGGUAAAAAGUAUGAUCCAAGACAAAGUUUCUUCUGAGAAACUGGACAAAUUGCAAGCUGGGAAGUCUGAUGACUCAAUGUCACCCCCUUUUCCAGAGAGUCCAGAUACAACAUCAACAAUAGUGAGUUCCAAACCGCAGCACAAACCCCUUUUAAGACAUUUUAAUCCUGAAGGUAAAAAUAAACUCACCAAUCAUUUGGGGUCAAAAGCACUUGAAAUAAAACUGAGUCUGAUGCCAGAGGUGGCAAAAAAAUCCUUACAAAUGUUUGACUUUUGUCCCAGAGAGGCUAUUCCUGAAAAUAACAGUUGGAGGCUCUAUCCACGGCAUAAACAAAUGAGUCUUAUGUGUCCAGAAGGGGUGGAUAGUGUAGAACUUAACUUAAAACAUGAUUACCAAGAAGAUUCACCUCCUCUCAGCUGUAUGAAGACACUGCUGGUUAAUGUUUCAAGCAGCAGCAAUGAGCUCAUUUCAAAGUUAAACAGUAUUAAUAACCUAGAAAGUGAGAUGUCUUCAGUGAUUUUGACUAGUGAGAUGCCACUGCCUCAUAUUCUCCAGAAGUACUCAGUCAAAGGUAAAGACAAACUUGUCAUGCACUUUUCUAUGAAAAUAUUGGAAAUACAAAUGAAAGCCCUUCCCAGAGUUGUAAGAGAAUCUUGUGCAGUGGCCACUGCCCAGGAUAGAACAAAACCUUUAUCUAACUGUAUUCAUUCUGUCAAAGUCCCAAAGCGUAAAAACAGAAUUUUCUUACUUUUUGAAGAAAAAUCUCUUCAUCAAAUUGAUCUUGAUUUACAAUACAAAUACCUCCGCUUUCUGCAGGGGCUUUCUGAUGAGAGUAUGUUCCCCAAGCCAAAUGCACUUCCUAAACACAUUCUUAAACUAAACCCGAUUUCAAUAUGUAAAAAAGCAGGUGAUGGUAGAGAAAGCCAUUCUCUUUCCUUUGACACAGAACUGUUAGAACAGCAUAUUUCUUUUAAAAAGCAAAACCCCCACAAAAACUCAUUACACUUCAGAAAGUUCUUGGAGCCAUCCCAUACGUGUACCUCUGACGCCGGUCUACCCAGUAGGGAGCAGAAAGAUUCUAGGGCUAUUUCUGAGCUCAAAUCUGACAUGACUCCAGAAAAAGAUAAACAAUACAGUAUGUGGUUUCAAGAAACAAAUACAUAUAAGCCUUUUAAUUUAAGGAUGCAGGAGAACGAUACUGGUUUAGUUAACUCGCAUUCCACUCAGACUUCUGAAGAUUAUACUGAUAUUCAGAUAAAUACUGAGAGUUCAGCUAACCUGGACAAGUGCUUCUCCCAAGAGACACGUGAGAGUCAGGAAUGUAUGUUUUUAGAAACCAACCCUUACUUAAGUCGGGAGUCACAAAACGUUCUCUUGGAAUUACAGAAAGGCAUUCCUUUGAAAAAUUUUUCUAAGAUGAAAGAAGUCACAACUUACUUGCAGCAAUUUUGCAGGGAAGAUUUGGGCUCCCAUCAUAUUAGAGCCUGUAGGAAACAUACAUUUCUCAUGAAACCACCUUCCUGUGAAAAGCACAGAAGCAGGAAAUAUAGAUCAAAUAUAUUCCAAAUGCAGCCUCUUGAUUGUUCUCCCAGCUCACUUAAUACUGUGGACAUUCAGUCUCUGUCUCCUUCCAUCUCACUCAGAGAGGAGCAGCUUUCGUGGACGUCAGGGAGCAGGACAGGGUACUCUGUAGCUUCCUUAACUGAGUCAGAUAUGAAAUUACAUCUUGAAAAUGACCAAGACAAGUCUCACAUGUACCUGGAAAGCAAAGAAAGAAAGAAAGCCAAAUUUGAUUUAUUCAGAAAGAACAACAUUCAUCAGGACCAUAACUACAUUCAUACACCAGGUAAAGAGAUACACACAAGAAAGAGGAAAGUGUAUAAUUAUGACUCACAAGGAUCAACUUAUUCCCAAAGCGAACAUAGAUCAUCGUCAAAAACUCAUCACAUGGGUAUUAACUUCCAUUCUGACAAAAAACAAGACCAGCCCUUCUUUUAUGCCUGUGUACCAGCAGAUUCACUGGAGAUUAUACCCAAAACCAUUCGCUGGACUAUUCCUCAAAAAACCUUAAGGAAGGGAAACUUCAGAAUUCCACUGGUGGUAAAGACUUCAAGUCCUUGGAGUAUAUGGAGCUCAUCCAAAAAGUUGUUGGAGUCACUGUCAGGGUCCUUUAGUACAGUUCAUCAGAGUUGAUAUGUCAUCAUAUCUAGACUCCUCUGGAUUGGAACUCUGGUCACUUGGUGGUAUUC